AUGGCUUUGGAGGAUGUGCUGGCGUCGUGCGGCGUGGCACUGAGCCCAGAUGGACCGCCCAUCCUAACCAAGACGCUGCAGGAGGCGACGCGCGCAUUGAGGGACCAUCUCAACCACGCCAGCAACCGAAAGGCGUUUGAAGAAUCAUUUGCGGAAUAUGUGGAGAGCGCCGCCCAUCUUCGGCGCGUCAUCUCGCCACUGCAACCAGCCUCAACCAGAACGCCCACAUCCAGUCAACCUAAAGCAAGUGGGCGGCGAUUGCCGAGUUUGGUCAAGGUGCUGCUGAACACCCCAAGCGUGCAGCCGGAGGUGUACCGCGUCCUGCUCGAGAAAAUCUCAGAGUUUGCCAUGGAAGACACUGUGCAGUUCAGCCAGGCGGACUCGUCUGCAUCGGUGUCGUUGGACAUUCCGCGGCUGCUGCUCGGCGAACUGCGCUGGCUCGAGCUCAUGGUCGACCCCGAAAACACAACAGACACCAUGUUCCAAGUGCUCGCCAUCCUGCCAACAGACUUGAAGAAGGAGAUGAUCCAAGCGCUGCCCGAGUUGUGUGACGACCAGUCCUCCGCCUUUCUCACAGACCACCUCUUCUCCUUGCUGCAAGGCGAGCCGUCAUUGGCGCCAGCCAUCCUCGAUGCAUUCUCAAAUCUCAAAUCUGCGACCACGUGCUGCGACCACGUGCUGGGCCAGCUUGGAUCUUACAGUCCAGAGUGCCUCCCAAUCGUCAUCAAAUUUCUCAUGCAGCAAGCGGAUGGGAUGGAUGUGAAUCUGCUGACAAAGAACAUGAGGGAAAACAUCGAUUUCUCCACCGUGCAAACGGCCAACACCAACAACAACCACAAUGGUGGCAGCAGCAGUCGCCGCGAGGAGGGCGAUGAUCACGAUGUGUUUGUGGUGGCUGCAAUCAAGAACGGGCUGGCAUUUGAUGCGCGCAUUGCAAAGGCGUGGCUGCGGCAAAUCAAGACGACGGUGGCCCAGCCCAUCACCGCCCUCGACCUGCUUGUGCUGCUGCUGCUGCACCACCAGAACGCCCACCGCCGCGGCGCGGAGACCACCGUGAUCAAGCUUGCAAGCACGGGCCGGCUCACCGCCGCCAUGGCCGCAGCCAUGUUUGCCAGACACACGCGCGCGUUCUCGAUGUGCUUCAAGUCGAUUGUGCACAUGGCGGACAUCCUGAACCGGCGGCAGGAGGCCGCGUGCCGCCACCUCGCCUGCACCCUCUACCACCAGUGCUUCGUGCACAUGGACACAUAUGCGCGGCAGGAGGUGGUUGGGGCCCUGGUGGCGCACAUUGGCACGGGGCAGGCACAGGAGGUGGACGCAGCCAUGUCUGUGCUGCUGUCGCUGGCCACUGACCACCCGAAGCUGCUGCACCCGUUUGCGCUCAUGUUGAAUGGCAUCCUGGACUGCCUGAGCAACCUGCACUUCAUCCACAUCCGGCAGCUCUUCCGUGUCCUGACCACGCUCACGUUUGACCGCCAGCGCACCGCUGCCGCAGGCCUCAUCGACGACGAGACACACAUUCUCCUCAGGAAGAUGCUGUCUCAAUCGAAUGAAGAGCUGAAACGCAUUGGCACCAUCGCUGCCACCACCGUCACCCGCACCUGGCUCGCUCUCGCCAACGACGCAGGCAUCUCCAUCGACCGCAACCAUCUCUCCUCGCUGUUGCAGAUAUUGCAGCUCAUCUAUGACAAUGUGAAUCAUUUCCCGACGUCCAAAGCGCUGUUUUGCGAUGAACUCGCCUCCCUCGUCGCCGCUGUGCCGCUUCCACCGCCCGUUGCAGAAUGGAUCAAUGACAACCUGCUGCUUGAUUUCCAGUCCAUCUAUCUUCUGGAGCGAGAUGACGACGUGAACGUCGCGCACCCGGACAUUGUCAUCACCCGCGGGUUCAGCUUCGAUCUUUCUGGCGAAGGCGACGUGGUGGCUGGAUUUGUGCCGCUGAUGCUGCAGCGUGGCCGAUCAGACCUGCUGCUGCCCAUGUGCCCGUCGUUCCGGCUGCUGCAGACGCUGACGGGGGUGGAGCACGACGGAGACAUGUCCGAGAUUGAUGCGCUGCUCAGCUGCCCGCUCUGGUUCCCCGACGUGUCCACCCUGGACAGUUUCGCAACCUUCACGCCGUCCACCAAGGACACGCUGUGCCACUGCCUCUUCUUCACCAUCAACUGGCUGCGGGAAACCAUCAACGCGUUUGCAGGCACAACCGACUCCGACCUGCGCGGCCACGUGCUCGGGCGCAUCGAGCACCUGGUAGCGCUGGAGAAGAUGGUGGCCACAUGCAUGGAGCAGCACCACAUGCAGCCGUACGUCGCACACGCCGUGGACGAGGGCGUGGUGCCGCCGCUGAAGCGCAAGAGCACGCGCGGCCCACAUGCGGCCAAGGCAACGCCAGGUGCCACCAGCAGCACGGCCAGCAACCACGCAAACACCUCAGACGGCGGCGCGGACACGCAGGUGCACAGCACAGCGCCGCAAGCAUCAGCAGGCGCGGUGACGCAGUCUGAUAGCGACACCAAGGAUGUGUUGCUGGACACUGUUCGCUUUCGCCCGUACUUGCGGGAGCUGCAACUCCCCGUGUUUCAGGUCCUUCGCUGGCACGCAGGUGACGAUCUGCUGGAUGCCCAGCAGCACCACCACCACCAGCACGAAAAUCAGGGUUCCAAAGACGCCGCCGCCACGGCCAACAGCGGGGAUGAGGGCGGGUCACGCGCGUCCCAGAAGCGGCUGUCCCCGCCGCAUGUCGCGUAUCUCCUGCGCGAUCUGCUGUCGAAGGUAAAGCGCGUGUUCUCGCCGGUGAAGCGCGGGCCGUGGACCAGCAGCGCCGCCGCCGUCGCCCGCUCCCACACGGGCUUCCACGCCCUUCUCGACCACACCCCGCAGCAGGUUGGCCGCUGGUUUGUGGAUGAGGUGCUGCCGUCGCUGUGCCGGCAUCUCGAGUCCUCGUGCGAGUUCUUCCACACCAUCUUUGACGCCCACGCCGGCACCCGCCGCCACUCUGUCCUCUCCAAGCACGAGCACUACGACCACCACCGCGACGUUGUUGGGCUGACGCUGGAGGUUGCGCACGCCAUGCUGUCGUGGCCAGACCUUCCCUCGCACCCGCCGCUGCGCCUUGCCAUGCUGCGCACGAUUGCGUCUCGUCUGUGUGUGGACGAGCAGCUUGGGCUGCAGCAGGCGGCACAUAUGUGCAUCAAGUACCUGGCAAACGUGGCUGACAAGGCGCCCACAGCAGAGUCGUUUCUCACCGUCCUCCUCAUCAUCGAAGCAAUCCCAUCACUCGCAGACGACGCGGAUGAAGAGUUGCGCAUGCGUGCUGAUGCGCUGCUGUCGCCGCUGGCGCAUCAGUGCAUUGACCUGAACUGGCUUGAUGAUGAUCGCCGUCCCAUUGCCACCGCCACCCUCGCCCGCCUGCUGGACAUCUUCCUCGUCCACUCUGUUGACGGGCAGGCCGUGCGCACCGUCCAGGCUGCCAUGCUCGACUUUGCACGGCACUCAACAGCAGCAGCACCGCCGGCAGCGGCAGCGGAAGGGAACGAUGGGCAGCCCGCUGCCAAGAAAGCAAAGACCUCCGCUUUUGCCACGCUGUGUCGCUCGACGUUUCUCACGUACAUGCGUGCGUGCUUUCGCUACUGCUCACAUCAGCUCACGGCGCUUGGAUCCACCCUCUCAGACCCACGCGAUGACCAAACGUUGGAGCAGGUCUCGGAUGUGUGCAAGGCGUUUGGCGUGAGCGUGCACCUGACGCGAUUCAAGCUUGCCCGCAGCAAAGGCGUCCUCGCCGCUGUCGUCAAAUCUUCCAAGGAGUUUGUGGACCAGUUCAGCCGAGCCAUCAUGCCGUUUCUUGCCCGCUGCCUCAAGCAUCAGCCCAUCCCUGUCGUCCUUCUUCUCAAGGACGUUCAGAAGAGCACACGGCACUUGCAGUCCAUCUGCAACCACAGCAAAGUGGUGCAGGACGUGGUACUGACGUCGUAUGUGCCGGCGCUCAAACGGAGCCUCGAGACGCUUGUCUUCAAGGCUAAGGCAAUGAUGACUGCGAACGAUUGCGACGCAGCGUUCACCGUUGGUGUUCUCAAGCACAAAGGCCUUGAUGGCCAAGAAGUGUCGUCGCAGAUGAUUGUGCCAAAGGGGAAGGACGAUCGUGACGAUGACGACGAGGAUGACAGUGCCGAUGGUGACAGCAGCGAUGAUGAUGAUGAUGACGAUGAUGACGAUGAUGACGGGGACGAGGAUGAUGAUGGGGACGCCGACGACAACGCCACCAAGAAGCACAACAACGAGCACCGUAGCAGCAACAACAACAACAACAACAACACCAACAACAACGCCGACAGUGACGACGAUGGAGACGAUGAUGACGACAGCAGCAGCAGCAGCAGCUACGGUGCAACUGGCAAUCACGCCAUCGACCCCUCGCUGGCGGCCGAUGAGGGAUUGCGCAAAGUCGUGCACGCGCAAGCAGCAACUAAGCAGCAGGAGGAGGAAGAGGAAAGCUUGCUGGACAUGUUGGACGACGCUGAUGAUGAUGACGCUGGUGACGAUGAUGGCGACGACGACGAUGAUGAUGAGGGUGGACCCUCUUCUGGUCAGAUGUUUUAA